AAUGCGAUUUUUUCUCGGCGGCAUCGCGAGAUUUCCGAUUUUCUUUGCCACAUCGCGAUUUUGUCUGAAUACCGGCAGACUCUUCCGUAUUAAUUUUCUAGCAUAUAUCGAUACCAAUCCUCAACACAGAAACACAAAAUGAUUAGCAGGGACCCUGAGGAGCCACUUCACGUGCUUGACCUGCCUCAAAUCUACACCAAACCGUCGGGAACUGACACAGACGCCGAGACGACAAAGACUCCGUCCGUCCAGCCGACCGGAGUAACUCGCUAUCUGACCUCGAUUAUCUCCAGUCCACUCUCAUGGCUUGAAACCGACGCACUCCGGGACGCUAUAUGGGAUGCCACCUCUGCUCGUCUUAGCGAGCGGUGCGGUCGGACUGCCAUGCCAGCUAUGUCUCGAGUCUUCACAGUGCCUACGGCAGGAGGCGACCAUUUCACACUAACCCUCCACGAACCUUCGCUUACCGCUGACAACCUGGGCAUGAAGACCUGGGUUUCCUCCUAUCUCCUCUCCCAUCGCCUUCUCACAGUCCUCGACACCGCGCCUCAGCUUGUACCAUCCACGACAACUACCCCACAUACCGAAGACAAACUUCGAGCGCUAGAGCUGGGGGCAGGGACCGGGCUCGUAGGACUUUCAUUCGCAGCCCUCCGGGGCAAGUCGGCCACAAUCCACUUGACAGACCUCCCACCGAUCGUUCCCAACCUCGCACACAAUGCCGCUCUGAACGUGGAACUGCUCAACAGCACGGGAGCAACAGUGACAACCGGCAUCCUGGACUGGUCUAUCGUCCCUGAUCCACUUCCUACCCCAGAAGAGCAAUAUGAUAUCAUCCUCGCUGCCGACUCGCUAUACUCACCGAGUCAUCCGGAACUGCUCGUUAACGCCAUCACGCACUGGCUGAGCCGUGGUUCGAAUGCGCGUGUGGUACUCGAGAUGCCAUUCCGUGAUGCGUACUUGCCGCAAAUAGACGAGCUCCGGCAGCGACUGGGGAAUCUUGGUCUGGCAGUGGUGGAAGAGGGAGAGGAGACUGGUUAUGAUGACUGGGAGACGGCAGAUGGGUCAGCAGUUGCGGUUCGGUGUUGGUGGUCUGUUUGGGGGUGGCCCUAGCACCCUUGAGGUUCGGACCAAUAAAGUGACGAAAAUAGAUGAUAAACGAUUCGCAUAGAUAUAAAAGG